AUGUCCAAACGAAGCAAAUCCAAAUCUGCCGUUCCUCCGACAUACAACGACAAAAAAGAUACUCACAGUGAAACAUCAAGUGCAGCAUUUCGUCAAGCUAAACAUCACAAUGGAAUACCCACAGCUCAAGCCCCAUUGAAUCAUCCAGAGAGAAUUCCGGAUAAAAAUAAUAAAGGAAAAUUUUGUAUUCAAUAUGAGUUCAAAAAUGAUUAUGACGAACUUAUUUCGAUUAGGAAAGAUAAUGCAGUCGAUUACAAGGAUGGAAAUCCACAAGGGAAUCAAAGCGGUCAUUAUAAUGCAGGUCCAGCUGGAGGGAAAUUGAAACAACAUCAUACUUUUGACAGAGAGAAUGGUGAAUAA